UGUAUCCGUUAGGCUCAAACAUGUUUGGUGCUCUCAACCGCUUUAUUGCUCGCCUGGACGGGGAACCAUCUUCACGGCCAGCCGAGCAAGGCCCCUCGGACAACUCGUAUGGGUUUCAGGUUCUGAAGAAUCCUAACACAGAACUGCCACUGGAACCCUGGUUCGACUUCAUCAUUGGAAUCAAUGGCCAUUUUAUAGACUCUCCUGACCCGAACCUAUUCGCGACAGAAGUCCGCAACUGCGCAGGCGGAUACUGCUCAUUAGACCUUUGGAGUGCGAAGGGUCAAAGAACUCAUGCCCUUACCGUACCUGUACCGCCGACCGGCUCCCUAGGUCUGAGUCUGCAACUCGCGCCUCUCAAUUCUACACAGAACAUCUGGCACGUCCUGAACAUACCUUCCCCUCUGUCUCCAGCUCAUCAAGCUGGUCUACUACCUCACAGCGACUACAUCCUCGGCUCACCUAGCGGUACACUGAAAGGGGAAGCAGCACUUGGCGAAUUGGUCGAAGAUCACCUCAACAGGAGCUUGGUUCUAUGGGUCUACAACUCGGAGUUCGAUGUGGUCAGAGAAGUCGAGCUUGUGCCACGAAGAGGAUGGGGCGGUGAAGGUGCACUAGGAGCAGUACUUGGUUUCGGUGCGCUUCAUCGCCUGCCAGUCGGACUAGGCGAAGAGGUUCAGGCCCCAGGGGAGAAUCUAUUUGACGCGGAAGGGAAGAGCAUGCAGGACGCGCAAUCCGCGGACGCUGCCAGCAACUUCCAGCCUGCGCCUACACCAACUCUGCCACCACCACCCAUGGUCAACCCGAACAUUCCACCACCACCUAUGAUGAACCCUAACGCUGCACCUCCGACGGCGUCAGCCUCGUCCAAAGCGCGAAAAGGAAGACAUCACGCUGCACUUUCCCCUAGAGGUGGCUUUGAGGACAUGUUUGCUGAAGGAGAGAAAAAGAGCGCCGAGCAAGACCAUGUUCCUUCAAGGAAGGGCACUCCUGUAGCGCCUCCGCCCAAGAUAGGAUCAGCCGGAGUGACGCCUCACUCCGCCACCCAAGAGAAGUCCGAUCCCCUCGAGCAGGCUGGCGAUGAUCUUGGCGAGCCUGGUGAGGCCGAGGAAGCUUGAGCCGUCCAUCCGGCUGAUAAUGGGGCGAAAAGUUGGAUCGAUGGCUAGGUUCCAAAGAUGACUUCUCCACUACGUCUGGCAAAGUUGUGGGAAGGUAUCGUUCAUGGAUGGGAUCAUGCUCCCGGAACAUAUCGAUGUCACUGGUCAGACAGUCACGGAUCAAUGUCCGAUCUCAUCCUGCCACCAGCCCACGAAUUCAUGGAUCCUGCGAGAUCUCUCCGCUGCCAUCGCCUUGCCCGCAUCGGUCUUCAUCAUUGAUUCAAGCUUUAGCAGCUUGUCGUCGAAAUGCUGGAUCGAGUCUGCCAGACUCCUAGCCCCUUUGGCACCACCGAAGGUGAAACAUCGACCAAUCCCAAUGGCUCCGAUUGCGUCGAGUCGGUCGGCGUCUUGGACAAUGGCGAGUUCUGGAAUCACCUCCAACAGGUCUCGCACAUGCUGCGGGUUCUUGAUCUCAGAGGAGUAUGAAACACUUGCAACAAGCAACUGCAACUGCUCUGCAUAUUCUUCAGACAUACCCGCAUCGAGAAUUGCUUUUGCUAAGGGUGACCCUUUGCUGUCCGAAGUCGUGUAUUUCUUAUCCUCGACAUCAUGAAGCAAGGCACCCAGAAUGACAUUAAGCGGGUUCAGUGCCGGCAAAGCCCUUCGCUUUCUCCCGUCUUCCUCGCUUUCGAGAAUGGUUAGCGCGUUGGUGACAACCCUUUUGACAUGGUCGAAAUCAUGGGACGCGUCAAAGCGCGGAUCCUGGAAGUAAGUCUCGGUGAAGUCGUGGAUUUUGUGCACUACACAAAUUUCCUGGUCGGAUAGGCUGGGGUAUGUUGCUGGAUGCGUGUAUUUGCCCAAGGACAUGGCGUCUGCUUAUGUACCGUCAAUUGCUGGAAGUCUUUCGCACCAACGUGCAGGGUAAACGUUGCCGCGAUGUCAAAUUUGAACCAGUUCGAAGCAGACAAUCACGGCAUCAGUGAGCAAGCCUCCUAUCAUCCUAAGGUAUUCAGACGAGACAAACAUAGACACUCAAAGAACAAUGCGAUGUGGAAUUGAGUCAAAAGUGUAUGGGCGCCGAGCGCCAAGAACGGGGGUUGCUGGAAAAUUGUGCCGUCCAACAUGCAAUUUAUCCAGCCUUGCGGUUCGAAGACCAUUUGCAAGAAUCUGUCUAUGGUACUGAAUACCCGUCGCCAGGCUUUGUCAUGGCUAUCCAUUACUAUCUGACGGUAUCAGGCUUUCUGCAAGUGGAUGCACAUCAGAAGCCUUAUCAGACAGGACUUAAGAUGCUAUCCGGCCCUCGAAGGUCAAGCUCCAUGAUGGACAACGCAGAGCCCGGCGGUGUCACUAUGUGCCGGAGUCCCAGCCUCGAGUCAGCCAUCUUGAAAAGCGACGUCCAACCAUCAAGAUCCCUCUCGCCACUAUUGAAACUUAUCAUCAUGUUCAUAUCCAUAACCCUGGAGGUGUGUUUGUCAGUAUUUCAGUCAACGGCGGAUUGGAGCUGAGAUUCACCUCAACUUCCUCUCCUCAGCCCUGCUCAAAGUCCCAGGAGGCGGCGUUACCCCAUCCAUGAUGAUGAUUCUGCUUGUUGGACCCAUGGUAGACACAAUGUUUGCCAGAAUCUUUGCGGCAUACUUGUCGGAAUGAUCAUGACAGAUGAAUCGAAGAAGAUAGACGUCUGCAUUCUUGAUUGGUUG